CUUUUGCUUUGUAUGGAAGCCAGGGAGUUGUCAGUUUUCAAAUAUUUACGCAAGAAAUCAGCGGGUUUGUUAAUGUUCAUUUAAAAAAGAAGUAUACCGGAUGUGAUAACUCAAAGAAGAAUCAUUUAUAAAGGAAUACAAAUCGGUCACACAUGUAGUUUAACAAUUUAAAUGAUAAACUAGCUGAUAAGGCGAGGCGGUAUCCAAGAUGGCGUCCUCCCUUGUUCCUUUUUCUCCGAGAUUUAUGUCAGGCGUUGAACUAGCUGAAGACACCGGAAAAAGCAUUUUCAACUGUAGAUUUAGAGUACGUGAAUUUAAUAAUAAAAUUAAAGACGCACAGUUAGGACACAUAUAUAAUGAUGUGCCUUGUAAAGACUGUGAAAAAUCGAUACUUAAAGAAGCAUGUGAGCUAAAUAAGGAAUGUGGUCGUUUGAUAGAACACUAUUCUAAGGAUGAAAUUUCUCCAUCCCAGAUCUCAAAGGUUUGCUGCGAUACCUCUUCAAAAGAGGACUUUGACAAUGCUUCCCAAGACAACACAUGUAUUAAAAUGGUCAUGUCAAAGACAAGAAAACGCAUACGUCAAUACAACGACCACCUUGAUGAUCUAAAUUACAAGAAUGGAGAUGGAAGACCUUUUAAGAAGUGUAAAGAGAGAAUUCUACGAGAAUGUCAGGGUCUUGUUGAAGAGUUACAGAGAGCAAAAAACCAGUUUCAGGAAAGCAACAUGAAGAACAAAUGCCCAUGCGAUUAUGGUAUCGAAUGUGAAGACAUGCAUGUGGAACUGAGGGGUGGGAAAAAAGGAAGGUCAAAUGUGAAGCAGCAUCAACACGAUUGCGGCUAUCACAGCGUUAGUUCAGAUAAACUGAGAAGGGAGCCAACAGAAUCCUUGGAUGAUAAUCAACGUGCUUAUGCAGAAACUACUCGACCGAAACAUCUGAAUACAGAUACUCACACCGUGGCGCCUAGCAGCUCAUUUGACAUAGCAGAUCUCAAAGGGCAAUGCGUAACGUUGGAGGUUAGCAUGGAUGACAGCAACGCCACCGAUGCAUAGAACAUUUCCAUUUAUUCACUGCAAUAAUUAUUAACACAUUUUUUUGCUUACAUAUUUUUAUUUAAAUUCUUCAUCGUUAUACUGCUGGAAUUGAACAUAUCUUUUGUAUAAUUACAUACCAGUAUAAUUGUUUUAUACUUAUCAUAUUUUUAGAUUUUCGUCUGUUGUAAUUUUUGAAUUUUGAAUCAGAUUAUAAUAAAAGAUAUAAUGAAUAUUUUUUAAUGUUUUUCAUUUAGGAUUGCCUGUGAUUCAUUCAUUAGUCAUAUUUUUGUUUUGUAAAUGCCUUAUUAGUCCCUACCGGUUUUCACCGGAGGGGACAAUAGCUUUCCUC